AUGCGUCAGACCAACCAAGCUGGCCUCAUAGCAGGUGAGAACCAGACUCGGGUGACAGAGUUCAUGCUCCUGAGCUUUUCCCAUGGCCAGCCCUUCCUCUUUGUUCUUUUCCUGGCCAUUUACCUGGCCACACUGCUGGGGAACUCUGCGAUGCUCGCCCUUGUGUCCCUGGAUCCCCACCUCCACAGUCCCAUGUACUUCUUCCUCGGUCAGCUGUCCUGCUUGGACAUGUGCUACUCAUCAGUGACAGUGCCCAAGAUCCUGGCAAACACCCUGCGCCCGCAGGCGACCAUCUCCUACUGCGGGUGCCUGGCACAGAUGUUCUUCCUGAUGGCGUGCGCGGGGGCCGAGUGUGCGUUCCUGGCUGUCAUGGCCUACGACCGCUACGCAGCCAUAUGCCAGCCCCUGCACUACACCCAUGCCAUGAGCUGGGGUGUCUGUGUGGUGGCAGCCACCGGCUGCUGGCUCUGGGGGAUGCUGGACUCAGCUGUGCACACCCUCCUGGCCUCCAGACUCUCCUUCUGCAGGGCUGCCCGGCUCCAGCACAUCUUCUGCGACGUCCCCCCACUGCUGAAGGCUGCGUGCAGUAACACCCGCCCCAGUGAAGUGGCACUCCAUGUUGCCAGCAUCUUUGUGGGCCUCAGCCCCUUCCUGCUCAUCAUUGUCUCCUACCUCCGCAUCCUGGUCACCAUCCUCAGGAUGCCCAUGGCCACCAGCCGGCACAAGGCCUUCUCCACAUGCUCUGCCCAUCUGCUCGUGAUCACCCUGUACUUUGUGACGGCCAACCUGAACUACAACCGGCCCAGCUCCGGCUACUCGCCGGCAGCCGACACGCUGGUCUCUGCACUGUACUGCAUCGUCACCCCCAUGCUGAACCCCCUCAUCUACAGCCUCCGCAACCGGGAGGUGCGGGGGGCCCUGCGGAAGGCUGUGCGGGGUUGGGGUGCGCCGGGCUCCUCAAGCAGCAACGCAUGA